AUGAUCCUGGUGGCAGGCAGCUGUGUCAUGGAAUCGCCGCGCUCAGGAGGCGCCGGCGCCGCCAGCGCCGAGCACGUGGUCGUGAAUCUGGACGGCGCGUCAGUCCACGGCGGCUCCGCGCGCGUCCUCGCCCCCGGCGACCCGCUGGCAGAGAUGGCCUUCUUCACAGAGACGGCAAACCUGCAGGCCGUCCGCACUGCGUGCGUGUGCCGCGUGCUGAGCCUCAGCCGGACAGCCUACCUGGCGCUGGCGGCCGCCUUCCCGAUUUCGGCGGAGCGCGUGCUGGGGAACUUGCUGGAGGCGGCGGAGGAGAUGGUGGAGCGGGAGAUGCACCUACCAUUCACCGCCUUUGGCUCCCUGGAGGCAAACCUCAACUUGGAGGCGCUGUCGGUGAAGUACGCGUCACCCGAGCUGUACCGCGGCUCCAGCGCCCCCCUCGGCCGCAGCGGCAGCGGGGCCGCACAGGGCCCCGCCCUAGACAGCGCCGCCCGCGGGGGCGGCGAUGAUGGGGGCGGCAUUGGCGCGAACGGCGGCGGCGGCGGGGGAGGCGGCGGCGCUGAUGAGGCGCGGGACGCGUUUGAUUUGGACGGGCUGGUGGGGUCGUUCUCUGACCGGGGCCAGCCGCUGCGGCAGAGCCAGCGCAUGGCUCUGUCCAACCUGGUGCGGGUGCGCAUGCUGGUGGAGGCCCAGAAGCAAAAGCUGCAGCGCGAAAGGACAGCCGAGUUCCUGGAGGCGGCCAAACUGGGCAACAUGACGCGCCUGCGCGCGAUGCUGCAGCAGGGGCUGAGCCCCGACAGCUCUGACUACGACGGCCGCACUGCCCUCAUGCUGGCGGCCGGCCAGGGCCACCUGGAGGCCGUGAAGCUGCUGCUCUCCACGGGAGCUCACCCAUCCCUCACGGACUCGCUGCAGGGCUGCGCGCUGCUGGAGGCAGCGCGCGGCGGCCACGACCAUGUCCUCUCAGCACUGCUGGCUGCAGGGGCAAAAAUGUACAUGUCACAGGUCGCCUGCGCCGCGCACCUGUGCACCGCCGUGUUUGAAGGGGACGUGAAGCUGCUGCGCCGCCUGGUACGCGCCGGCAUGCCGCCCGACAGCGGCGACUACGACGGCCGCCGCGCGGCGCACAUCGCCGCCGCGGAGAGCUCUCUCGCAGCACUCAAGGUUCUGGUUGAGGAGGGGGGCGCCUCCUUGGAGGUCAAAGACCGCUGGGGCCUCACGCCGCUCGACGAGGCGCGCCGCGGCGGCGCUGCGGCCGCGGUGGCCUACCUCGAGCGCCUGCUGGGGCUGGCGCGCGGCGGCGGGGACGAUGAGGGCCGGGUGCACCACGGCGCCUUGGGGGCGUCUGUUUGA